UCAUAUUGUUGGUAAAGUAAUGAAUGAUAACUACAUAAAAACUAUAGUAUUGUAUGAAAUCAUCUAAAAUGACUUACUUAGAAUACAUACUAUUACUAUUUUAUGUCAAUUUGCCUCAGCAAAAUCAAAAGAAUGUGAUAAAGAUGGGAAUGACAGCAAUCACAGCACUAUAACUUCCAUUUGCAUGGCCCUGUAACUGAAUAACAGAACUAAGGAACGAAUCUCUCUCUUUCUCUCUCCUCUUCUACCAUACCCAUCAUCAAAAACACCCCUUUUCUCCCAAAAUCUCACCUACCCAUUUCACAACUUUGAAAAGGGUACUAAUUUCAAAAAUACCCAUUUCAAGAUUCAUCACAAUUUUAGAAGGAACCCUAAUAAUGGCAUUUUUUUACUGUUAUACUCUGUUUUUAGUAAUGGCGGCUGUAUUUUCUCAGGGUUUAAGUGUUGGGGUGAAUUGGGGUACCAUGGCAACUCAUCAGUUACCUGCUGAUAUGGUGGUUCAGAUGCUGAAAAAUAAUGGGUUUGAUAGAUUGAAGUUGUUUGAAGCUGAUGAUAAUAUUUUGAAUGCUUUAAUUGGUACUGAAAUUGAAGUAAUGUUAGCAAUUCCUAAUAAUAUGUUGGAGGAGAUGAGUAGUGAUCCAGAUGCUGCUGUUUCUUGGGUUGAUGCUAAUGUUACCUCUUACUUCUAUUCUGGUGGUGUAAAUAUCAACUAUGUUGCAGUAGGCAAUGAGCCAACACUACAGACCUAUAAUGGCACAUACCUGAAGUACAUGUUACCAGCCCUCAGGAACAUCCAAGAGGCCCUUAAUCGGGCAGGACACGGGGAUCGAAUCAAGGCGACAAUUCCUUUCAAUGCCGAUGUCUACUACUCUCCUGAGUCGGAUCCUGUGCCCUCUGCUGGAGAUUUCAGGCCUGAAGUUCGAGACCUUACACUCGAAAUCCUGCAGUUCUUACAUGAAAACAGUGCUCCCUUUACUGUCAACAUAUACCCUUUCCUUAGUCUGUAUGGAAACAAGAACUUCCCUAUAGACUAUGCUUUCUUUGAGGGGUCAAAUGUGCCUAUAAGAGACCAGGGUUUGACAUACACCAAUGUGUUUGACGCGAAUUUUGAUACUUUAUUGUCAGCAUUGAACAAAGCUGGGUACCCUGAUAUGGAGGUUAUAGUAGGAGAGGUAGGUUGGCCGACUGAUGGUGAUAUACAUGCCAAUGCUGAGAAUGCUAAGAGGUUCAAUCAAGGCCUUCUUCAACAUAUUAUGUGUGGGGAAGGGACUCCACUUCGGAAGGGCAAAAUUGAUGUCUACCUGUUCAGUUUGAUCGAUGAGAAUGCCAAGAGCAUUGCACCAGGGAACUUUGAGAGGCAUUGGGGGCUGUUUGAGUUUGAUGGAAUGCCAAAGUAUGAACUCGAUUUAGCCGGUAUGCAAGAAGAUAGGACACUAAUCCCAGUGGAAGGAGUGGUAUAUAUGGAGAAAAGGUGGUGUGUUUUGAACUCUGAUGCUACAAACUUGGGGGACUUGCCUGAUAACAUAAACUAUGCUUGUAGUUUGUCAGACUGCACAUCCUUAGGCUAUGGAUGUUCAUGCAACCAUCUGUCAGUCCAAGGGAAUGCUUCCUAUGCUUUCAACAUGUAUUAUCAGAUUAAGGGUCAGAAUAUCUGGGACUGUGAUUUUGAUGGCCUGGCUAUGAUCACUGAUCGAGAUCCAUCAGACAGAAGCUGUCAGUUUCCGAUCAUGAUUGACUACAGCUCCUCUGGGAUUCUGCGCAAAGGAGUUUUUGAGGUUCUAUGGACAAGCAUAAGUGUAUGUAUCGUGUUUUUGCUUGUUCAGUGAAUGUAGUAGAGAAAUUUUGUAGGUCUUCACGGAUAAUAGUCAUUGUAGAGGAAUUAUGUGCAUUUGGCUCUUGUAUAUUGACAUUGAAAUUGAGUGAACUGUAAAAAAAAAAUUACAUUCUUCCUUCAUGGGAACAUUAUAUUUGAAUACUUAGC